AUGGUACAGCCCGAGUCUGCCCUUAUAGCGGCAUCAUCAAAUAGCGAUACAGUCUACAUCUGGCGUACUGAUACAGGCGAGUGUACACAAGUGCUGGAGAACAAAACUGAAACGACUCAAUUCGUCACUUUCUCACACGAUUCAUCACUGGUCCUGGCAUCAACCGACGAUGGCAAAGAUGCUCAGAUCUGGCGUACUGAUACAGGCAAGAGUAUUCAAAAGCUAGAAAGGUGCACAGUGAGCUGGGCCAGAUCUGCUGUCUUCUCGCACGACUCGGCCUUUGUAGUGUCGGCAUCGUCCAAUGAACUCAGGGUAUGGAAGAUCAAUACAGGCGGCUGCGCUCGAGUAGUCCCUACAAAAGGGUGGGAUAUGCAGCUUUUGUCUUCCGAGCCUGGCAACUUGCCAUUCGGGCCAGGCAAAUUGCCAUCCGAACUCAGCAGCACCUGCAUCGUCACCAAUAUCGGCGCCAUAGCCUUUGCCAAGAGUGCUACAACCUUCAGCACUAUUGGUAUUGGCGUCAGUCGAGAUCGUUGCUGGAUCACUUGGAACGGCCAGAACCUAUUGUGGCUGCCGGUUGAAUUCCGCUCAGAAAAGACAGCUGUCCGAGGGUCGACUGUUGUGAUCGGAUGUGACUCUAGACUCAUCGUUUUCCGGUUUAACGAGGCCGCUCUUCGACUGAUAUACGGCUAG